CCCAGGAGGAUGGAGGUCCUGCAGCUCCUGCGUCUGCUCCUCACCACUACCAUGCUGGGCCUCUCCCAGACAGUGAACCCCUUCAUGGCCCAGCAGACCCCCCCAGACCCUUGCUACGACGAAAGCGGCGCUCCUCGCCGCUGCAUCCCUGAAUUUGUCAACGCUGCCUUCGGGAAGGAGGUUCAAGCCUCCAGCACGUGCGGGAAGCCCCCGACGCGGCACUGCAAUGCCUCAGACCCCCGCCGAGCUCACCCACCUGCCUACCUGACUGACCUCAACACCGCCUCCAACAUGACGUGUUGGCGCUCGGAGACCCUCCACCACUCGCCCCAGAAUGUCACCCUCACCCUCUCCCUCGGCAAGAAGUUCGAGGUGGUCUACGUCAGCCUCCAGUUCUGCUCACCCCGGCCUGAGUCCACUGCCAUCCUCAAAUCCAUGGACUAUGGCAAGACCUGGGUGCCGUACCAGUACUACUCCUCCCAGUGCCGUAAGAUCUAUGGCAAACCAAGCAAAGCCACUGUCACCAAGCAGAACGAGCAGGAGGCCCUCUGCACUGAUGGCCUCACCGACCUCUACCCCCUCACCGGUGGGCUCAUUGCCUUCAGCACACUUGAUGGGCGACCCUCCGCCCAGGACUUCGACAGCAGCCCUGUGCUCCAGGACUGGGUGACGGCCACCGACAUCCGUGUGGUCUUCAGCCGUCCGCACCUGUUCCGCGAUCUGGGCGGCCGGGAUGCUGGCGAGGAGGAGGGGGGCACCGGCUCCCCCCCCUAUUACUAUGCAGUGGGGGAGCUGCAGGUCGGCGGGCGCUGCAAGUGCAAUGGGCACGCGGCGCGCUGCGUGAAGGACAAGGAGCAGAAGCUGGUGUGCGACUGCAAGCACAACACAGAGGGUCCCGAGUGUGACCGCUGCAAGCCCUUCCACUAUGACCGGCCCUGGCAGCGGGCCAGCGCCCGUGAGGCCAACGAGUGUCUGGCCUGCAACUGCAACCUGCAUGCCCGGCGCUGCCGCUUCAACAUGGAGGUGUAGGGACGCAAGAGCGGCGGUGUCUGCCUCAACUGCCGGCACAACACCGCAGGGCGGCACUGCCACUACUGCAAGGAGGGCUUCUACCGGGACCUCAGCAAGUCCAUCACUGACCGCAAGGCCUGCAAAGCUUGUGACUGCCACCCCGUUGGCGCAGCCGGCAAGACCUGCAACCAGACGACAGGGCAGUGCCCAUGCAAGGAUGGCGUAACCGGCCUCACGUGCAACCGCUGUGCCAAGGGCUACCAGCAGAGCCGCUCGCCGGUGGCCCCCUGCAUCAAGAUCCCUGCCAUCAACCCCACCUCCCUGGUCACCAGCACAGAGGCACCUGCAGACUGUGACUCCUACUGCAAGCCAGCCAAGGGCAACUACAAGAUUAACAUGAAGAAGUACUGCAAGAAAGACUAUGUGGUCCAAGUGAACAUCCUGGAAAUGGAGACAGUGGCCAGUUGGGCCAAGUUCACCAUCAACAUCCUCUCUGUCUACAAGUGCCGCGACGAGCGGGUCAAGCGCGGCGACAACUUCUUGUGGAUCCACCUGAAAGACCUGUCCUGCAAGUGCCCCAAGAUCCAGAUCAGCAAGAAGUACUUGGUCAUGGGGAUCAGCGAAAACUCCACCGACCGGCCAGGACUGAUGGCCGACAAGAACAGCCUGGUCAUCCAGUGGCGGGACGCCUGGACACGCCGCCUUCGGAAACUGCAGCGGCGGGAGAAGAAGGGAAAGUGUGUGAAGCCCUAA